UUCAACAUCCCACUCCAGCCGUCUUCAAUGAUUCCCUGCAAAAGUGGCCGCACACGACAUGCCAACUCACCUCAGCCCGGAGUCGGCAGAGACUCUGGAUCCAGAUGAGCAAGAUGCGCUCCGAGCCCUAGACCGGUCGCCUCACCCCUAUCACCACCAGAGCUCCGAGCUGCCCUGCCCCUCGCAUCAUGUCGUCUCCCACGCCGAACGACCUGCAUCUCCAGAGCUGCGCAGCGACGCGACCCAGCUAUCACCAUCUCGUCUCGCCGCCUUGACCAAGGAAUCGACGCCAGCGAGCGAUAGCGGCACCGACGCCGACGACGAACACUUCCUGAAGGGCCUGCCGCCGCCGAAGCUGCGACCCCACAAAGGGCUGAGAGGCCGAAACGAGGUCAUCUCCGGCACCUCGACGCCCCUGCUGUCGCCCGCCGUCCUGCAGGAGCCUGUGCCCGCGUCAGGCCCCAAGGCGUCGCAUAAUGGCAAGAGACCUAGUGAGAGAGUUGUUCUGCCAGAGGCCAUCCGUCGAAAGAGGAUACUAGUGCAGCGAGCUGUUGAGGUCGGCAUCAUUGCAACCCUGGCGGGCAUGGUGCAGGCAAACACGCUGCUGUCACCGAUUCUGGCCACUUGGCGCAAAGAUUUCCAUCUCUUUGGUGUCCUCUACGGAGGGCUCUUGCUGCUAUAUCCGCUUCGUGCUGCGAUCUGGAGUUACAAAAAUCGCCAAGCAUCCUCGAACACGCUAUUCAAGAUUCCCACAGUCUUCGAUCCCGCUCCUCUCCUAUAUCCCCCAGCGAUUACGAUUUAUGUAUCCUUACUCGUCUCCGUCAACAACCCUGCGGUGAUUCUCCCGAACCUGAUACUUGCCAUAAGCUCGAUCCCUCAGCAAGUGGUGCCCAAACUCGAGCAUUACGCGGCAUACGACUCUCUCCACUGGGCCCUGUCCUGUCUGCCUCUGAUUUGGCGGCCCUCUCUGUCAGAUCAGUCUCGGUUUGCGCCCACUUAUUCUUUCCUCGCGCAAGAGGACCUCGUCUUACUAUACCCUCUACACCGGACCGCGUGCGCCGUAUUACAUCAUCUUACCACGACCAGCCUCCUGACGACCGAACUCCAGCUCCUUUCAAUUGCGCUGAUCAACGUGUUGCUCCUCGCAUCGUCGCCUCAGAUCCAAAUACUAAAGGCCCUUCUCUGGGGCGGAGGCCUGAGCCUACUUGUGCUCUGUGGUGCUGUGAUCAGAUGGGGGAUUGUGCUGGCAAGAGUACCCAAAUGGCGGUUCCGACGAGAGCCAUACCCACAGCGACGUUCCCUGUGGAAGUCUUUGCUGAGGCUGUUGAGCUGGAGGAAGCUCAAGGGCGAAAUUCUGGGGUCACCUCACGAGGUGUACAGUGACGAUGCUCUGUUCUCGACCGAUGAGGACGAGGACGAUGUGCGAUUCAGUAGUCCUACCAGGGUCCAAACUUUCGAUGCGACCGCAGACGCACCCUCCGAUAUACACAAAAUUCCCUCGCCCAGUGGCGACAAUGGAUGGACGAAUACAAGCGGCAUCUCUCGGAGACACACGACACCUCACCCUGAAAAGGUCGCUCGCAAAGCAGCAACUCACACUCCAUCCGGCAGGCGAAAGCGGACAGCGUCCGUCUCUGUCCGGGCUUAUUUCAAGUUCACGCCAGCACAAGCAGCACGGAGGAAAUGGCUGUACGCAGGGUAUGUGUAUGUGAGCCUGGCGGUCAUCAUAGUGGCCGUGAUCCGCCCAUAUAUACAGACAUAUGCCCUCAACGGCAAUGAGCCUAUUGGCUGGGCUCUUGGUUAUUUCUUCGGCGACCUGCCUGCCUUUCGAUAUCGAGUGGUCAGUGCAAAUCUGGAACGCUGGAUCUGCUUACCACCGCGGCUCGAUUCCUUUUGCGCGAAAGAAUGUCAUCUCGGUUGGGUGCAGCAUGUGCGCCAUGAUGACUUUGGCGAGGCCAACACGCGCCUCUUCAUAAGCGCUUAUUGGGUUGCGAUCCUGGUCGUCGGGCUUGCCAUCGUCUUCCAGCUGAAGAACACGUACGAAGUCGACACCCGGCGCAAGGUAUUCCACUUCAUGAUGGUCGGCAUGCUUCUCCCAGCAACAUUCAUUGAUCCGACAUUUGUUGCCUUGGCCCUGUCCAUCGUCUUGGCCAUCUUCUUGAUUUUGGAUCUACUGCGGGCAAGCCAGCUGCCACCCCUGUCCAAGCCGAUCGCCUCCUUCCUGGCUCCGUAUGUGGACGGAAGGGACUUUCGCGGGCCUGUUGUGAUAUCUCACAUUUUCCUCCUCAUUGGAUGUGCCAUUCCGCUCUGGCUGUCUCUGGGAUCUCUGCCGCGGACCGGAUCCGACUACCUGGCCGGAUGGGAGAUACCUACCAGAGAGAUUAGCAUGGUCUCGGGCGUUGUCUGUGUUGGUCUGGGCGACGCAGCCGCCUCCCUAAUUGGGCGCCGUUUCGGCCACCGCAAGUGGCUCUGGGGUGGCGGCAAGAGUCUGGAGGGGAGUCUAGCAUUCACAGUCGCCGUCUUUCUUGGCCUGACGACAGCCAGCCUUUGGCUCCGGCUGGGACAGUGGCCCGUUGCUGGCGAAGGCACGAGCAUGGCGACCAGAGCCGGGCACGCCCUUGCGUGUUCGUCCAUGGCCAGCUUGACGGAGGCGGUUCUGACGGGAGGCAACGAUAACGUCAUUGUGCCAGUGGUUCUCUGGACAUGCGUGAAAGCACUUGAAUUUUGA